AUGCCAAGAACUGAUGCAAUAUGUGACAUAUUUUUUGGUACCGAACUUUCUCCUAUACUUUACACUGUCGAUGUAAAACAUUUUAUUACAUAUCGUAUAGCUUUUCCACUCUGGGCUUUAUAUGAUGUAUCAGCAAUAUAUCAUAACUCUGGUCUUUACGGGAAUGUUAACGUAUGUCUUAUUGGUUGUGUUGUUCUUCACUUGACAUACAUUGGUCGUUCAGAAUGGUUUGAAUACCUGCACUACACAAGACUCGAUUUUCAAUACGACAAAGCUGGUAGCGGAUGGUGGUGCUUCAGUAGACAUCUCAAUUAUCUCAUGGAGUGGUUGAGCUUUGUGUUUUGGACACUCAUACAAGGCGAAUCAACAUUCCUCUCUUACUUACCUCUCGUAUUUCUUGGUGUAUUUUUAUAUUUUAGAAUGAGAAGAGAUGAAAUGAGGUGUUUAGCGAAAUAUGGUCAAUACUGGUUGCAGUACACGAAUCGUGUUCCGUUUUUAUUAGUCCCUAAUGUGUACUGA